CAUAUUAUUAAAUCGUCAUCUCUGUGCGACAAAUAUAGGUUAAAGGUUUUACGGUCAGUGUAUCGGGAAAGUUAUGUACAGAACCAUGAACCUGAACAGAAUCAUUGCUUUGUCAAAAACAGCUAAACUGGGAAAGACUUUCCUCUGCGGUCGAGCCGGUAAAGAGCUGAGCUUUGGCUUUAACGUGUCACAGCGCGGCGUCCAGACGACUUCAAGGAGUUUAGUGUACGGAAAAGAUCUGUUCUUAGGGAAGGUAAACAAGAAUGAAGUCUUUCCUUAUCCAGAAAUCAGUAAUGAAGAAUUAGAAGAGAUUAAACAAUUUGUUGCUCCAGUGGAGAGGUUUUUCAGCGAGGAUGUGGAUUCUAAGAAGAUUGAUGAGGAGGCAAAAAUCCCACCUGAAACCUUGGAUGGGCUCAAAGCACUGGGGCUGUUUGGAAUCCAGGUGCCUGAGGAGUACGGUGGCCUUGGUCUCUCCAAUACCAUGUACGCUCGGUUGGGGGAGAUCACAUCCCUUGAUGGAGCCAUUGCUGUCACACUUGCAGCACAUCAGGCCAUUGGCUUAAAGGGAAUCUUGUUGGCUGGAACUGAGGAGCAGAAGACCAAAUACUUGCCCCGACUGGCUUCAGGAGAGCAUGUAGCAGCGUUCUGUCUGACUGAGCCCGGCAGUGGAAGUGAUGCCGCCUCUAUUCAGACGCGUGCUACGCUGACAGAAGAUGGAAAACAUUUCCUGCUUAAUGGCUCAAAGAUCUGGAUCUCCAAUGGUGGGAUGGCAGACAUCAUGACAGUUUUUGCAAGAACAGAGGUGUUGGACAAGGACGGGCAAAAGAAAGACAAGAUAACAGCCUUCAUUGUGGAGAGAGCGUUUGGUGGGGUGACCAGUGGCAAACCGGAGGACAAGCUGGGAAUCAGAGGCUCUAACACAUGUGAAGUAGCAUUUGAAAACACCAAAGUGCCCAUAGAGAAUGUGAUUGGAGAAGUUGGUGGUGGAUUCAAGAUCGCUAUGAACAUCCUGAACAGUGGGAGGUUCAGCAUGGGAAGUGCAAGUGCAGGAAUGAUCAAGAAGCUGAUUGAGAUGACGGCAGAAUAUGCAGGCACAAGGAAACAGUUCACCAAGAAUCUUGCUGAAUUUGGGAUGAUUCAGGAGAAGUUUGCCAUCAUGGCCCAGAAUGUGUUUGUGAUGGAGAGCAUGGCAUAUCUGACUGCUGGCUUGAUGGACCGGCCUGGAGUUCCUGACUGCUCUGUAGAGGCAGCCAUGGUGAAGGUCUUCAGCUCCGAGGGUGCUUGGGUGUGUGUGAGCGAGGCAUUACAAGUUUUGGGAGGAGUUGGAUAUACCAAGAACUACCCCUUUGAGCGCUACCUCAGGGACUGUCGAAUUCUGCAGAUCUUCGAGGGAACCAAUGAGAUCCUGAGGAUGUACAUUGCUCUCACCGGAAUGCAGUAUGCAGGCAAAAUCUUAACAGAAAAAAUCAAGCAGAUGAAAAAGGGGAAUGUCAGCGUGGUGGUUGAGAUUUUGUCCAAGAAGCUCAAGGACUCUCUGGGGAGGACAGUGGACUUUGGCCUGACGGGAAAGGAUGGAGUGGUUCACCCCAGUUUGACGGAGAGCGCUAAGAUGUUGGAGCAGAACGUGGCCUUGUUCGGCUCCACUGUAGAAAGCCUGCUCUACAGAUACGGAAAGACAAUAGUUGAUGAGCAACUAGUGCUGAAGAGAGUGGCCGACACCCUGAUUAACCUCUACGCAAUGACUGCAGUGCUGUCCCGUGCCAGCCGCUCCAUCAGCAUCGGCCUCCGCAACCACGAACAUGAGGUGCUGCUAGCAAACACCUUCUGCAAGGAUGCUUACUUCAAAAACAACUACUGGAUGACUCAACUGCAAAGAAAUUCCCCAGAGAACAAUGACGCUAACAUUAAGAAGAUUGCCCAGGAAGUACUGAAGAAGCGGGCAUAUGUCUGCUCCCACCCUCUUGAAAGAACAUACUGAUGUGGCACUUAAAUCUUUUAGAUGUAACUGUACUGCAUUCUGAUUGGAUGUUAGGCACUUUCUGGUUGAUUCUGGUUUAGGUCCUACUGACAGCCCCAUCCUUCACUACCUUAUUACUAAAGGUCCUUGUGUUAAUUUAACUGUAUAUGCAAUUACGUUGAUCUUCUCAAAAAUGUAUCAUUGUAAAUACUAAUCUCCACAGUUUAAAAUACUGUAUUAAUAAGUGAACACCACUGUGACAUUUCUACAGGUUUAGAAAUGUCAUAUAUAUAUAGACAGGGAUGUGUAUAUAUAUAUAUAUAUAUAUAUAUAUAUAUAUAUAUAUAUAUAUAUAUAUAUAUAUAUAUAUAGAUAUAUAUAUAUAUAUAUAUAUAUAUAUAUAUAUAGACAGGGAUGUGUAUAUGAUGUACAGUAAGAAACAAUGCUGCCUCAUAAUACACAGUAACUCUGAAGCUUGGAGCUACACCAGCCUUUUUACUUAAUAAAAACAGCAACACUGUUACAGGUCUUCAUUUCUAUGACAUUUCUCUUGUGCUGGGUGUUACUCAAAUCUGUGUACAUGUUUGUGGUGUUCUGAGGUGCAUCAAAGACAUGCAAACUUUUUUCUUCUUCUGUAAGAGGCUGGGCAUUUCGCUUGUGUUGAAAGGAGUGUGACAUCCAGUAAUGCCUAUUGGGGGAAAAACCUUCAGUUACUGGGUUGUUUGUGACUUCAUCUGGAAGUCUAUGCUCUAAACCAGAAGUAGGAUUCAAACAAACUGCUCACCCAAACUGGCAUUUGCUGUGUUCACUAGUAAGUCUUCGAUUUGUCCGUGUGUCUGACGAAUGGAGGCACUCCGGUUUGUCUUCCUUCAUUGUGUCAGUAUAUGGAAUGGGCUGAAAAUACACAGUGUUUCUAUUAUUCCAUUUCUGGAUGUGUGACAGUGAUUGAAUGAAGCAGGUCUAUGUAAGUAUAAAGAAUUUUGACAAA